UUAUGAUCUUUCUUUUUCAAAAGUGUUUUUACUUCCGCUAUAAAUUUUGUUUUCGAACUCUUGUAUGACUAAGGGUGCUAGGGAGGUGUGUUACAUUAACAAUCUGUGGAACUCCAUUUCCCAUGCUGGGAUGCUCCAAAUGAG